GACUAUUUUCUUUAUAAGCAGCUCCUCUGAGCCCAACAUGGCACUCUCUGGUUGCCUUGUUGUGGCCACAAGAUGGAAAUCCGCAGGUGUCCCCUCAGUCACCUAAUCUCUCUCCUCCUUUUCCUCUUCUAUUCAGAGACAGCCUGCCGCCCCUCUGGGAAGAGACACUGCAAGAUGCAAACCUUCAGAAUCUGGGAUGUUAACCAGAAGAUCUUCUACAUGAGGAAUAACCAACUAAUUGCUGGAUACUUGCAAGGACCAAAUACUAAAUUAGAAGAGAAGAUAGACGUGGUACCCAUUGAGCCUGAUGGUUUAUUCCUGGGACUCCAUGAGGGGAAGCUGUGCCUGGCCUGUGUCAAGUCUGGUGAUGAGAUUCAGCUCCGGUUGGAGGCAGUUAACAUCACUGACCUGAGCAAGAACAAGGAGCAGAACAAGCGCUUCACCUUCAUCAGAUCAAACAGCGGCCCCACCACCAGCUUCGAGUCUGCCGCCUGUCCCGGCUGGUUACUCUGCACGGCACUGGAGGCAGACCAGCCCGUCAGCCUCACCAACAAGCCCAAAGAGGCCCUCACCAGGUUCUACUUCCAGCAGGAGCAGUAGAACUGCCCAUCCCUCCCCUUCCCCCACUCCCAGCACAUCGAUGACUCCAGAGACUGCCUCUCCUCCCUUGCUGGGUCUCCUGGGUUGUCGUGGGGCUCUGAGGAGCAGCCUCGGCGGGGUGGACCAUCAGAAGGAGGUACAAGAGCCCUGAUAACAGGACUCUGUCUCCAGCCUCCUCAGCUAACCCAACCUCCAUGCUGCCUCCACAGCGGUCUUUCUAAAGUGCAGAUUGAGCCGCAGACCUGCUUAAAGCCCUUCAGUGUCAUCUGUGCCUUCAGGAUAAAAUCCAGGCCACCUGGCCAGCCUGGAAGCCCUCUGUUCUCCUCUCCCCAACUCCUCCUCCUCCCUCACCCCACUGUCCCUGCCCCAGAUCCCUCAGGUCACUCACUGACCCCCUGCCAAUGGCUUCCGUACCUUCUUUUGCAAAAUGAUGCUGCUCCAUAGGGAAGAUUUUCAGGGUCUGUGGCAAAAUGGAAAAUAAGGAUUUCAUGGCAUUUUUUUUUAAGCCAACUUUAUCCAAUUUGAAGAAGAGUCUUUUAUUUGGAGAUUAUUUCCUUUCUGGAAGGGAGUGGGGGAUCAAAAUAUUCCUGUGUUUGUGAAGUAAUGGUGAAAGUAGGCCUCCUUUCUUAGUGUUCAUUCUUAUAUUUGUAAUACCCUAACCAGUAACAAUGAGCAGUUAGUGUUCAGUUAUGUUGGUCCAUAAUAUUUUUCUUUCCGAAACGUUCCCGUAAAUCUGGACCCCACUGCCCAGGCCCAAGGACCAUCUCCACUCCAGACCCUUCACGGUCACCUGCAGUGCUUUCCUCUUCCACCCCACAAUCCAAAGUUCCCCAGCGCCCACGGCACAGCACAGACGCGGCUCCUCCGAGGUCUCCCCUGAUCUCCCAGGGGGAAUGAAUCGCUCCUUGACCAUUUUAGCACUUUUGACACUCUGAGACUUGUUGGAAAGAUGGUUGUGCCUCUGCCCAUCUCCAGCCCCAGACUGUGAGCUCCCGAAAGCAGGGAGCGUGACUCGCAUGUGUCUCAGGUCCCCACGGGGCCGAGCCCAUGGUCUGUUUUACAAUAAAACCUUGAAACUCA